UGCAGACGUGGGUUGGUAGCAGGUUUCGUUUUCCCCAGUUUUGCAGCUUCUCUUAGGCUCCAUUAGCUUCUCAGAACGGGCUUCCCCGGCCUCGACUGAAAGCUCAGAAAAGCAGUUACUCUUUCCGGUGAGGCUUCCAGAGGAUCACGAAUAGCGAGCACCCCGAGUCCACUUGCAGCCGGAUAGAGAACGGGCCCUUUGGAUAGAGAUCGGGCCCUUUGUCUUCCCCUCACAGUCGUUACAUGUUAACGUUCCUGUGUUGCCAGAAUGAGUGACCGCUAUCUAGAGCAAAGGAUUAGUAUAAAAUGUUGCGUGAAACUGAACAAGUCUGCAAGUGAGACCCACUGUCUUUUAAAAGAAGCUUAUGGGCAUGAAGUCAUGUCGAGGGCCAGAGUUUAUGACUGGCACAAAAGGUUUAGAGAAGGGCGGGAAGAUGUUCGCGAUGAUGCCCGAAGUGGCCGUCCAGUUACCCACCGGACAGAUGACAAUAUCCAAAAGGUCAAGGACUUGGUUUGUUCAAACAGGCAGUUAACAGUGAGGAUGAUGGCUGAACAGUUAAAUUUAGAUAAAGAGACUGUUAGACUCAUUCUGAAAGAAAAUUUGAACAUGAGGAAAGUGUCUGCCAAAGUUAUAUGCGGUAUUUUGAAGGGUGAUCCUAAACCUCGGAAACUUGGCUUUCUUUCGGAUCUUUCCAAAGAAACGAGGAAAAGCAGCUCAUGUGUGAAGAAAGAGGUCACAGGUUCUGAAACAUGGAGUCAUCUCCCGUGUGAAGCUGGUGGGGAAAUGCCCCUGCCUGCGUCUCAUCCCAGAAUCCCCUAUCCUGCUGGCCAGCUUCUGCAGGCCUGGUCUCCAGCAAGCCUUCCCGCCAGGGCAGCUCAGGAUUGGUUCACACCCUGGUGAAAGGACAGACGGCUGAACCUGAGCUGGAAAGCUGCGUCACUGUUAGGCACCUUCAUUUACUGCUCGUCUGUAUUCAAUCCUGUCUACCACCCUGCAUGCCAUGGCUCUCCUAGUUAUUCUGCUGGACUGUUGGGCCGGCCAUCUUCCUUGCUGAUCUUCUCCACAACUUUGAAGAACCUUUGGCUGUUAACUUCUAGUUUUUGCUUGUUCUUGAUUUCUUUCGCUUAGCAAGUUUGGGUCUCUUCACUGCCCAGGCCUUAGAUCAUGUGGCUGUCCUGUUGCUAUGUUCUUAACAUUCUGGGGAUCAGACCAGUGAGAGGUGGCGACAGGAUC